AACGGGUGAAAGGUACUUUGCUGCUUGGGUUCGGGAGCAGACCGAUGGCUGUAUGAAGUAGAGAUCUUUGCUAAUAGAAUGAUGAACAUGAACAGAUUAAUCGUCUCUCGAACCUUUCGAAUCGGAGAGCGGUUGCUUGGCUGUCACGCGAGGCAUGCUGGGCAAGAAGAGCUGAGACUGCAGCAGCGGAGGAGCAUUAAAACUCACUGCAGACACCUGGCGUAUGCGAAGGAUCUGUUCCUCGGUCAAGUGAACAAGGCUGAGGUCUUCCCUUAUCCAGAAAUUGGAAAUGAUGAGGUGGAGGAGAUAAAGCAGCUUGUUGCACCGGUAGAGAAGUUCUUCAGUGAUGAUGUUGACUCAGCAAAAAUUGACAGAGAGGCCACAAUUCCCCUGGAGACUCUGCAGGGGUUGAAGGAUCUCGGGCUGUUUGGAAUCAUGAUUCCUGAAGAAUACGGGGGUCUUGGAUUAUCCCACACCAUUUAUGCACGACUGAAUGAGAUCAUCGCCUUAGACGGCUCCAUCGCCGUCACACUGGCUGCUCAUCAAGCCAUUGGACUGAAGGGGAUCCUGAUAGCAGGCAAUGAAGCCCAGAAGAAAAAGUAUCUGCCCAAGCUGGCCUCAGGGGAGCACAUCGCAGCUUUCUGUCUGACAGAGCCCGGAAGUGGCAGUGACGCAGCCUCCAUUCAGACCCGUGCAACCCUGUCUGAAGAUGGAAAACAUUACCUGAUCAACGGCUCCAAGAUCUGGAUUUCAAACGGAGGCAUGGCGGACAUCAUGACCGUGUUCGCCAGGACUGAGGUGGAAGUAGAUGGUGUAAAGAAAGACAAGAUAUCUGCAUUCAUCGUGGAGAGGGCUUUUGGAGGGAUCGCCAGCGGCAAGCCUGAGGACAAACUGGGCAUCAGGGGAUCCAACACCUGUGAGCUGUCCUUCGAUAAUGUCCCAGUACCAGUAGAGAACGUGAUCGGAGAAAUUGGAGGUGGAUUUAAGAUCGCCAUGAACAUCCUGAACUCGGGGAGGUUCAGUAUGGGCAGCUCCUGUGCUGGAAUGAUUAAAAAGCUGAUCGAGCUGACAUCUGAGUAUGCUGCUACCAGGAAGCAGUUUAACAAAAGCCUGAGUGAGUUUGGUAUGAUCCAGGAGAAGUUUGCAAUGAUGGCCCUCAAUGCCUUCGUGAUGGAGAGCAUGGCAUACCUGACAGCAGGGAUGAUGGACAGACCGGGCGUUCCAGACUGUUCUCUGGAGGCAGCCAUGGUCAAGGUGUUCAGCUCGGAGGGAGGCUGGAUUUGUGUGAGCGAGGCUCUUCAGGUGCUCGGAGGUCUGGGUUAUACCAAGAACUAUCCCUUUGAGCGCUUCGUCAGGGACUGCCGCAUCCUGCCCAUCUUUGAGGGUACCAAUGAAAUCCUGAGGAUGUACAUCGCUCUCACUGGAAUGCAGUACGCUGGCAAAAUCCUCACAGGGAAAAUAAAGGAGAUGAAGAAAGGAAAUAUAGGUCUUGCGAUAGGCAUGGUCGGCAAGAAACUGAGGACCUCGCUUGGAGCUUCAGUAGACCUCGGCCUGACGGGGAAAGAUGGAGUGGUGCAUCCCAGCUUGGAAGACAGUGCAAAGAAGCUGGAGCAGAACGUUAGCCUGUUUGGGUCGACUGUGGAGAGCCUGCUCUACAGAUAUGGAAAGACCAUAGUGGACGAACAGCUCGUCCUGAAGAGGGUGGCAGACGUGCUGAUCCACAUGUACGCUAUGACAGCCGUCCUGUCCAGAGCGAGCCGCUCCAUUAGCAUCGGCCUCAGGAAUCACGACCACGAGGUGCUGCUUGCGAACACAUUCUGCAACGAUGCCUUCUUUAAGAACAAUUACUGGAUGGUUCAGCUGCAAAAACACUCUCCUGAGAACAACGAUGCCAACAUCAAGAAGAUUGCCAAACAGGUCCUGGAGAACAGAGCCUACAUCUGCUCUCACCCUCUCGAAAGAACUUACUGAGCUCUCCACUGAGACCAUAAUACUGUUUCCUGUAUUCUGAUUGGACUAUUUUGACCAGUCCCAAUGAUGCGUCUCCAAUCUUGUAUUAGUGGUUGUUUUUACAUUCAGUAAAACAUGAAGAGAUUAA